AUGUAUACGUGCGACCAGUGCAAGAGUAUCCAGCACCAGUCUCGGAGGCGCUGGGCCUCCACAAACCCCCCCCCCCCUCCGUCACGCUGUUCCCCCGGCCCACUCUCAACCCCGGCCCACUCUCUACCCCUGGCCCACUCUCCACCCCCGCCUAACUCUCCACCCCUGGCCCACUCUCCGCCCCCGGCCCACUCUCCACCCCCGGCCCACUCUCCACCCCCGGCCCACUCUCUACCCCCGGCCCACUCCACCCCCGGCCCUCUCUCUGCCCCCGGCCCACUCUCCACCCCCGGCCCACUCUCCACCCCCGGCCCUCUCUCUACCCCCGGCCCACUCUCUACCCCCGGCCCACUCUCUACCCCCGGCCCACUCUCCACCCCCGGCCCACUCUCCACCCCCGGCCCACUCUCUACCCCCGGCCCACUCUCAACACCCGGCCCACUCUCCGCCCCCGGCCCACUCUCCGCCCCCGGCCCACUCUCCACCCCCCGGCCCACACUCCACCCCCGCCCACUCUCCACCCCUCGGCCCACUCUCCACCCCCCGGCCCACACUCCACCCCCGGCCCACUCUCCACCCUUGGCCCACUCUCCACCCCUGGCCCACUCUCCACCCCGGGCCCACUCUCCACCCCGGGCCCACUCUCCACCCCCGGCCCACUCUCCACCCCGGGCCCACUCUCCACCCCCGGCCCACUCUCCACCCCGGGCUCACUCUCCACCCCCGGCCCACUCUCCACCCCGGGCUCACUCUCCACCCCCGGCCCACUCUCCACCCCCGGCCCACUCUCCACCCCCGGCCCACUCUCUACCCCCGGCCCACUCUCCACCCCGGGCCCACUCUCCACCCCCGGCCCACUCUCCACCCCGGGCCCACUCUCCACCCCCGGCCCACUCUCCACCCCCGGCCCACUCUCCACCCCCGGCCCACUACCGCAGGUCUACUGCCAGCUGGCCCCUACCCCAGUGA